AUACACAGUCGUCUCAAAUCCAUUUUCUACUUUCUGCAGAAAACUAACUCGCCGGAGAUGCAGCCGGGAAAUCGAAACCGACCUGAAGCAGAGCGUCUCCUUGGAUUCGCCGAGAAGCUUCUUCACGGCAAAGAUUUCAACAAUUCAAGAAACUAUGCUAUAUUAGCCCAAGAAAACGAUCCUCUUCUUGAAGGCUCCGACCAGAUCCUCGCAAUCGCCGACGUUCUAAUGGCAGCCGAGAAACGCAUUAGUAAUCACUUCGAUUGGUACGCCAUCCUUCAAGUAGACCGACGCUCCGACGACCUAGAACUCAUCAAACGUCAGUUUCGUCGUCUCGCAUUUCUCCUCCAUCCUGAUAAGAAUAAACUCCCUUUCGCCGACGCUGCUUUCCGUAUAAUCGCCGAUGCCUGGCAAGUUCUCUCAGAUCCGAGCAAGAAAUCGCUAUAUGACAACGAAUUAGGGUUUUUCUCAAGAGUCGACCUUGUUCCUCAGAAAAUCAAUCGAGAUCAAAAUCAACCAGAUCUACAAGAAAACAAAGUUCUUGAGCGGAAGAGCGGUGGAAGAGGAUCUGGAAAGAGAGGUCGACCGCCUGGAAGAGGCGGCGGUCGAAGCGGCGGUCGAAGCGGUCAACAACAACAACCAGCUACAGCUAGGGUAAAAACAUUUUGGACUAUAUGCCCUUACUGUUACAAUUUGUACGAGUAUCCUUCUAUUUACAAAGACUGUUGUAUGCAAUGCCAAAAGUGUGAGAGAUCUUUCCAUGGUGCUCCGAUUAAAUCCAUGCCGCCUAUUGUUCCUGGUAAGGAUGCUUAUUACUGUUGUUGGGGUUUUUUCCCUAUGGGUUUUUCCGUUGGAGAUCCAGAAAUGCUUAAAAAGAAGUUUUCAAAUCCUGAACCUCCAUUGACGGGUGAGACUCCUUUGGAUACCAGUGUUUCCGGCGUUGCACGGCGAGGCAGACCCCCUGGUCGCGGCCGUGGUCGUGGCCGUGGCCCAAUUCGUAUUCCUAUCCCUAUCUCAAACGAUCAAUCCACUGCUGGGUCGAGUGAUCCUGCUAAGAAGAAGAGGGGAAGGCCAAGGAAAUACUUGCAGACUUAAUCAAUGGAUUGAAUUGAGAUGGGAAGAUGAUUGGGGGAAAUGGGUAUGCUUUAAUUAGGUUUUGAAUGGAUGGAAGGAUGGAUGGAUGAUCUCUAACUUAGGACUCCAUUGUUGCAUAAAACCAAGUAAGUAAUGAAGUUUUUCAAUUGCAGUUUUAGUCUUCUUCUGUAAUCUUGUUCUUGUUUGUAAAAUUCUAUCUUAGCAAUUUAUAUCAUUAGAUGAUGAAUCAAUUAUC